UUGGAUUGACUUGUGUGUCUCUGUCAGUUCCUGCAGCGUAAUGGUGAGCAGCAAAUGUGUCUUAUUUAGCGCUAGUUAUCACCCACUCAGUACUGCUAGUACACAUACCCCUUCAUUUUGAAAGAGGAGAGAGGAGGGAGAGGGAGGCAGAGUGUCUUUGUGUGUGUGUGUGUCCGUGGGUGCGUGUGUGUAAGAGAGAGAACGUCUGUGUAUGCAUGUGACAGAGAGCGGAAGGGAGUGUGGGAGGGAGAUGGAGAUGUAGCAAAAGCAGCAGCACUGCCUCACAUUGGACCUCAAACAGAAGAUUCUUAAAUCUCAGGAUUUCUGAUGCAGGCUUUUUUUUCCCCAAGCACGGUUCAUUUGAGGAAUGCCUAAUUGAAUAGCAGUAAAGCAGGAAGUGGCCAAGCAGAACAGGGAAUCACCUGCAUUUGCUUUCUUUGGGGAGAGGGGGACCUUUGACAGGCAAAAGCGGAGAUGCUUCUGUAAUCAAAUUCAGCUGGAGAGUGUUUAAACAGCAGGAAACAUACCUACAUGACAGAGGCGGCAUCAUCCUGCCUCUGUACAUAAGUGAAUUUUCCCUUUGCUUCUUUUCAGCCUUUGCAUCCUUUUUGUUUUUACAUUUCUCUGUUUCUUUUUCUGCAAGUUCAAAGCAGAAAAGCACACAAAUUAUCAUCAUGGGCGAUAAAGGCACAAGGGUAUUCAAGAAGGCAAGUCCAAACGGAAAGUUAACUGUAUAUCUUGGCAAGAGGGAUUUUGUUGACCAUGUGGACAUUGUAGAGCCUGUUGAUGGUGUUGUAUUAAUUGAUCCAGAGUACUUAAAGGAGAGGAAAGUGUUUAUAACGCUGACUUGUGCUUUCCGCUAUGGACGAGAAGACUUAGAUGUUCUUGGGCUAACAUUUCGAAAGGACCUCUUUGUGGCCAAUAUACAGGCAUUCCCUCCUGUGCCUGAGGAGAAGAAAAGCCUGACACGUCUACAGGAGCGGCUGAUUAAAAAGCUUGGAGAGAAUGCCUAUCCGUUCACCUUUGAGAUACCUCCCAAUUUACCCUGUUCUGUCACAUUGCAACCUGGACCAGAAGAUACUGGGAAGGCAUGUGGGGUUGACUUUGAAGUAAAGGCUUUCUGUGCUGAAAACGUUGAAGAGAAAAUUCACAAAAGGAACUCAGUGCGCCUAAUCAUCAGAAAAGUGCAGUAUGCGCCGGAGAAGCCAGGUCCACAGCCAAUGGCAGAGACAACAAGACAGUUUCUCAUGUCAGAUAAACCCUUACACCUAGAGGCCUCGCUGGACAAGGAGAUUUACUACCAUGGUGAACCAAUUAGUGUAAAUGUACAUGUCACAAACAACACAAACAAGACUGUGAAGAAAAUGAAGAUCUCAGUGCGUCAGUAUGCUGAUAUUUGUCUUUUCAACACUGCCCAGUACAAAUGUCCAGUGGCAAUGGAAGAAUCAGAUGACAUUGUGGCUCCAAGUGCAACAUUCUGUAAGGUUUAUACUCUCACCCCCUUUCUUGCCAACAACCGGGAGAAGCGUGGCUUAGCCUUAGAUGGAAAACUCAAACAUGAAGAUACUAAUUUAGCCUCAAGUACAUUGUUACGAGAAGGCGCCAGUAAAGAAAUUCUGGGUAUCAUCGUUUCUUAUAAAGUCAAAGUGAAACUAGUGGUGUCUCGUGGUGGGCUCUUGGGAGAUCUUGCUUCCAGUGAUGUUGCAGUAGAGUUACCUUUCACAUUAAUGCAUCCCAAACCAGUAGAAGAAUCUAUUUACAAAGAUGCACUAGAAAAUGAUGCACCUAUUGACACAAACCUGAUCGAGUUCGACACAAAUGAUGAUGAUAUAAUUUUUGAAGAUUUUGCAAGGCAGCGACUUAUUGGAGCAAAGGACGACAAAGAAGAGGAGGAGGAAGGUACAGACUCACCUAAGCUAAAUGACAGAUAGAUGAAAACAACAAAUAUUUUAUUACAUCAAGCAUUAACUGAAAAUCCCUGUAAAGACAAACAAGGUGUUUGUGACACCCUUUAACACACAUCACUGUGGUGCAGUUGUAGUGCUCCUGUUUACAUAUGGUUUCUCCAUCCUGAGUGGGUGCAAGAAUGUAAAAGUUUUGAAAAACAUUGACUCCUUAAAUAAGCAUUUUGCUGGUAAAAUCAUUCCAAUAGCUUCUACAGGGGGCCUAUGAGGUAUUUAUGGUAAGACAUAGUAAGGAAUUGCAUUUGAUCAUGGUUAAAACAACCUUUAACUAUAGCAUGCCUUUGUUAUAAUUCAUUCUGUUCCUUUUCCUAUUAGAAGAGGAAAUAGAGAUGAUAACUUUGUGUUUAAAACUAUAAAAAAAAAAAACUCUGUUCUGAACACUCUGUAGAGAAGAGAAAUGACUGACCAUUGUCAGGUUGUCUUGUUUUUAUGGACAGUCCUGCAUUAGUGAAGAAAGUCAAUUAUUGAAAAAAGUUGAGUAACAUUUUCUGUAAUAUGUAAUAAUAUGUAAUAAUAAUAAUAAUAAAAAUAAAAACAUUAAUGAUAAUAAUAAUAAUAAUAAUAAUAAUAAUAAUAAUAAUAAUAAUAUAAAGAAUAAAGAAUGCCCCAUUACAUAAUUCAGGGAGUUUUAAAGAGUAAAUUGGCCUUAGUCAGUAUUGACACAUUGGCACUUUUAUCAAGGGAAGCCGUAUUAAAUGAUUUAAAGAAUACUUGUAGAUACCUGUAGUUUACAAAAAAAAAUACAUAGAGAAAAAAUUUGGGGGGGAUAGUUCUAUUUUUUUUAGACUUUAAAUUAAUUUAAUUAGAAUUACUAAUGUAAUUAAACUUUUAAUUAAGCUUUUUAAUUAAUAGCAUUUUUAUUUCUAUUAAGAAUAGAGUACAACAUAAGCAUGAAUCACAUGUGCUUAACUGAAAAUGAGCAAGCUGCUUUAAAAAACAAAUACAAAUACUCUACAAUACAAUGCAGGAACAAGUAUAAAGGGAUGAAAAACUACUACACAUCAAUUUUGAGAGGUAAAGAAAUUGGAUUUGCAUCAAACUAACUGCCCCAAUCUAUCUGUUUCUUACAUAUUAAUUAAUUAUUAUAUACAUUUUUCAAAAAAGAAAAUUUUCAGCUGUUACAGCAUAUAAUUAUAUUGUGUAAUAUAUAGAUAAUUGUUGUAUUAAAUACUGCUUUAUGUUUUAUGUACCUUUCCAUGUAUAAACCUUUCUAAAAUUGUGGUAAAUGGGUAAUUUCUUUUUUUUUUUAAGUUGCUAAGAAAUGUUUUAGAACCACUACUCCACUUAUGCACAUGAAUUAAAAGGAAACCAUAUAGGUAUCGUUGAAAAUCACACACUGUGAACUACAUUCAAAUUUAUUAGUAUUUAGUUAAACCCAGUUUCAGAUAUCUUUUUUGUGAGUCUGUGGCAAUGGUAAUGGGAAUAUGAAGAAUACAUACCUUAUGGCUAAUAUAUCUUAUGGCUUACUUUAAUGUUUGGUUAGUUGUCCUGAAAAUUGAGGUCAAAAUAUUUUAGACUAACUAUUCUAAGUUGUCUUUCCAUAUUUUGGUUAUUCUUUGGUAUAUUCUGGUCAUAUUUUUAUUUAUUAAUUUUUAUUCCAUGUCAAAUUAAUUGAAUCCACAUGAAAAUGUUGUUGUUCUAAUUAGAAUAUUAUUACUGUACUGUUAUACAUUCUUUUUAAAAUUUCAAUAAAAAGAUGUGUUUAACUUCAUGAUACAUACAUGUUUGGACUUACCGGCAGCGAUACUUAUAGAUUUACUUCUUAAAACUGACAUGUCAAUAGACCUUACUAACUCAGACAAGGCUUCAAACUUUUACAGAUUGUUUGCUAAUAAGAUAUUAAAUUUAAUAUAUAGAAUAUAUAUUAGAAAUAAAUUAGAGUAGUAGCUCAGUGGUUAGGGCACUGGAAUACUGAUCAGAAGGUCAGGGUUCAAGCCACGGUAUUGCCAAGCUGCCACUCUUGGGACCUUAAGCAAGGUCCUUACCAUACCACCCUCUGUGCUUCAGGGGUGCUGUGGUCCUGAACAACCUGGGAUAUGCGAAGAAAAUAAUUUCACUGUACUGUAAUGUAUAUGUGACCAAUAAAGGCUAUUCUAAUUAUAUAGUAGACCGGACUAUCGAAUCAUAUUAUUUGUUACAGAUAUGUGAACAUGUCCCAUUUAAAUUAAACAUAUUGAAAGACUAUGCUUCUUGUCUGUUAGUUUACAUUAUGUUUUUAGAGUAAAAAAUAAUUAAUUGUUAAUAAUUAAUUUCAUUGUUUGAUUUAUUGUUAAAAGAAAGCAACAUACAAUCUAAUACAGUAAACUGGUAAAAUAAGUAAAUGAAUAAACAGUUUGUACUCUAAUAUGAGGACGUACACUUUACAAUAUAUAUUAUUAGGAUUGAAACAGGCAGGUGACAGAUGAAAAUGUAGAACAUGAGGUGUCAUUCUGAAAGGCCCAUGAUCUCCCUGAAGCGUUCACAAAUGUUUAGAUUGGUGAUUGCAAAGUCUAUAAAAUACACAAUUUUUAUACUCAUUACAUCCAUUCAGUGAGCAAUUGUGUGGCAUAGUCAUCCUAAAAGAAACCACUGCCUUCAGGAUAAAAUGUUUCACUCAAGUCAGAAUAGCACUUCCUGCUAUGGGGACAAGUGAACCCAAACAGAAAGAUGCCUUCUGCAAUAUAAAAGAAUGGCCAGUUGUUCCUUAAAUUAAUAUCUAAAAUGCAUCUCUGUUUAGCUAAUGUGCCAAAUCUUCUGUGGUAAACGCAUUUGUUUAGUUCUUAUUAUUUCUAACAGUAGAUCACAUAGGUGCAUGCAUCACCUAAAUAGAUAAUACAUAUGCCAGUUACCAUUGGACUGAGAUUUUAGUGGUAGCUGUAACACAGGGGCAGCUGCAAUUGCCAGCUAGAAUAUGUACACCAUGUAAUAGGCCAGUCCCUACAAGCCUUUUAUGCCUUUUAAUAUGAGAUAAAUAUUGAACUGUAAGGUAUUUGGGUAGUGCAGGAUUAAUAUCAUGGAUUGUAUAUAGAUGUUAUAAAUAUAAUAGGUAUAGAAGGAGGAGAAUAAAGCACUUUAAUACACUAAAUAUACAUCCUGUAUGGGCAAAACCAUGAACUUUGGAAUGUCAUGUUGCAACAGUGAAGUGCCAACAUGUGAAAUAUAAAUAUGUAGUAAUGCAGAUAUACUAAUAUGGAUGGAGGGGGUGUGGGUGCUGAACUAACUUUGGGUCUCAUUUAUCAUGGAUACAAACAGAUUUAUUUGUUAGUCAGGUGAAUAUCAGUCAUGUUUUAUUAUUAGCAUUUAUAUUACAAAAAAGUCAAAAGUCAUAAACAAAACCUAAAUAUUUACUUCAAAAAUUAAAAGACAUAAGCCAUAAACAGGUAACAAGUAACAAGAUUUACGGUUCAGUAAUUAUUAAUAAUAUUUAAUACUUUAAUUUAAAAAUAAAAUAAUUUUUUAUUGACAUGGAUGUAAGUCAAAAUAACAGCCUAAGAGUUUUGUGUGUCAAAGUCUAUACACAUGGCCACAAUAGACUCCAAUUACCAUCAAUCACUCUUAUCUUUAAACCUGUCAUGUUCACACAGAUUAUUAAUCAUCAGCUCUGGUUUUAUUCACUCACUUGCAUGUUUACACACUCAUAAUAUUUAAGGAUUCAAGAACAGAUAGUGAAUGUACUUUAGUAUUACCAAUUGUUUAUUUGCUGAUUCUUUGAUUAUUGUGUAAAUUGAUCUUUUUUAUUAUCUUAUUUUUCUCCUCUGGUUUUGUGAUUUAGAUUUCUCUCAAUUAUACAGUUUGUGACCAUGUUUUUGCAUUACGUUUUUGACUUACCUGCCUGUUUCCUUAAUAAAUCCUUUACCUGCAAA